UGCUUGAGGAAUUGAAAGGAAACUUUUAAAAAUUAACAAUUUUGUGGGGGUCACAUAAGAAUGUGAUCAUGGCGCAAUAAUUAAAAUUAUUUAAAAAAGUGCUUAUUUAGUACCGAAGUUUACAAAGUUUUGGCAUUAAUCAUCUGAUUAAUUAAAUACCUUUGCGUGAUAUAAAAAAUCAAUACAAAAGUGAAAAGAAAGUUUUGCAAGACGUAAACGAAAUUAUAUUUAUGCCAUUGAGCUAAAAAUUUUUGUUAGCGGGAUAGCAUUUAUUAAAUUUUUGAACAUUGUGAUUUACUAAAAAAGGAAUUUUCCGUGAAAUUUCGGAAUAGUUUGAGAAUAAUUUUAUUUGUGAAGCAAACAAAAGAAGGUUGGAAAUCAUUCGUAAUUUCGAGAAGAAACAUCUUACAAUAGGAUCACCUAGGAUUACCAAGGAUAUUCGUAAAGGAAACGGAACAUGUUGCAAACAAUGUGGAAUAUUAAAUGGAUAUUAGUUUUUGUAAAUACCUUACUGCUUAUAUGCUUAGAAGUAAUAGAAGCCAUACCAACAUAUCAAGAUAAUCAUCUGGAAGAUGAUAGAUUUUCUCCGGGAUUCCUCACGAUAGGACAGAAGUACAGCUACGCAAUUGGAUCGACAGUAAUUUUGCCAUGUAAAAUUAACGAAACCGACAAAAACAUUCAAUAUGUGUUGGCAUGGAAACGUGGAAAUGCAGUUUUGACAGCUGGAAACGUAAAAGUGACAAUGAAUCCCCGCAUACGUUUGAUACCAGUUCAUGAAUUGCCUGAAAUCAAUGGAGCGACAACAAAAACUCCAACUGGUUAUAAUCUGGAAUUAAGAGAUGUCAGGGUCACAGAUGCUGGCGACUAUGCUUGUCAAAUUGGAACUUUGGAGCCACAAGAAAUCAUUCACAAAUUAGAAGUCUUAGUGCCACCAAAAAUUGAUUUCAUAUCUCCAGGUGGUGGUCGCUUGGAUGUCGCAAAAGGGUCGGCAAUUCGUUUGGAAUGUCGGGGUUCAGGCAACCCAACUCCCAAGAUUUACUGGUCAAGAAAGAAUAAUUUGAUGCCAAAUAGUGAAGCAAACGUCACUGGAAAUAUUUUUGAAAUUGUUCAUGCCGACCGUCACUCUGCAGGCCAUUAUCGAUGUUCAGCUGACAACCGUGUAGUCUCACCUGAAAUCGAAGUUGAACGAGCUUUUAUUCACACUGGUGUUGGCUAUGAAGCCCAAUUAACAUGUCUUGUUCAUUCUGAACCACCGGCAAACAUCGUUUGGUAUAAAGAUACAACCCAAUUAGGAACCACAGAGCAGCAUUCGUUACAGAACCGGGGCAACCGUCAUUCACUCAUAAUACGUAACGUUACGUACAUGGAUUUGGGUAACUAUACAUGUCAGGCAUCCAACAAUUUGGGAAAGGAUCGUGGAUCUUUGACAUUGAGUGGCAUUCCGACUGUUUGUUAUUUCGAUUCAAAAGCUAUCAGUGAUUACCGAGAUCGAUAUAAUAUCACAUGGAAUGUUCAAAGCCAUUCUCCUAUAAGGGAAUAUCGAUUAUUCUAUCGCAAACAAACUUCAAAGUCGUACAUGUUGACUCAUCAGAUUCAGCAGCACCUCGAUAAAUCUUUUGAGAAUACUGUUGUUGGUAACCAGCAUCAUUACUCGCCUCCGUAUUCGACCGGAUUAUCAGAUCAAUGGGAGAAUGUUGUGAUACCGGAAAACUUUCCCGAGUAUUAUCCGGCACAACCAUCGACCUUCAAUCUCAACGAAUAUCACUACAAUAGCCACAUAAACACUCAUCACCACAUGAGUUACUUAAUUAAAAAUCUUUCGCCAGCCACUAAUUAUGAAGCACGCGUGCAGGCCCGAAACGACCAUGGCUGGAACAAAUUGUCAAAUGUUUUUCAUUUUUCCACACGAUCCGAGGACAUUGAACUUGAACCAUCACACACUCCGACCGUUCUACGCAGUGCUGGCCUGUUAGACAAAGGUUGGCUAAGCAGUUCAGCAUCCGCCAACAUGGGAAAAGUAAUCAAUAUUUAUUCUGCAAUGCUGCUGUGUAUUUUGCUCGCUUCGAUGCUAAAACAUUAAUUCAUUAAUUAAUUAAUUUAUAAAUGCGAAAGAGAAAUGAUUAAAUGUUUUUUGUAAUAAUUCACGUGCAAGUUGGAAGAAAACAAAAGAAAAAGCUGGAUAAGAAGUUGGAAAGAGAUUUUGGCCUGAAUUAAGCAUUUACAAAAUAAGUACAUAGCACGAUUAAUUAUGUGAAAAAUUAUUUAUAGAAAAAUCAACAAGAUUAAUAAUUAAAAAAUGAGCUGAAAAUGAUGAGACGAAAGAAUGUGCGAAUGAACGAGCGAGAAGCUCAGAAGCAUUUAUGAUGAACUUUACUUAUUGUGUACAUAGAUACAUGAACUUUAUGAUGAGCGUAAGACAUUUGACAUUGACAGAAGAUUUUUUCAUCCUGUAAAUAAUUUCUUUAUUUUUGUAUGGGACCACGUGAUUUUCUAAUAUGACGAUGAUGAUAGAAGACGAAUCGACUUAUCGUUGAUUUCUCUUCCUUUGUCACUUUUUUGUCGAAUAAUUUGCAUUCCAACCGAAGAAUUCUUCUUUAAUUUUGUUUGUUUAAAGCCAUAAUUUGUAAUUCUAAGUUCACAUUUUCACAGCGAUAAGAAUCUUAUUGAAUAAAUUCACUUAUGAACUAAGAG